AUGCCUUGUCGGCCCAUGAGCCCUAAACCACAAAGUCCAAGACCUGGCUCUCAACGCAAGAGUUUCCGUUAUCCCGGGAGAAUAAGUGCCACUUCCAUGAUUUCUCUUGGGAACAGCUCUGUUAUCGACAGCAAUUUAGAGGCACCCGAGAGGCCAAAGACACUGAAGCCCAGGGGUACUCUCUUGCUUUCUGUGCACUCAUUGGACAAUGAAUACCUGAGAGAAGACAGUGGGAUAAGCAGCCAGUCACAGAUCAGCUUAAACACUGCUUCUUCAGUUAGUGAUAUACUCAGAGAUGAGGAUCCCCAACAGCAAAGUCAAACGCCACCUGAAAAGAGGCCCAGUGAGAAAUGGGUUCUGCAUCGCAAAAAGAGGUCCCCUCAGAUCACGCUGUCCCCACGGCCAUUCUCCAGCAUUGAGAGCAAAGUCUGGAUGCUCCCCUUCCUCACCCCAGAUGGAAAAGCCAAGAAGAUGUCGCAGAGGAAGAGACUCAAACCCCUGUACAAGCGCUUCAGCUGUGACGACAUGUGGCUGGAGAGAUAUCGGAAAAGGAAUCUAGAGAAGGAGACGCAGUCGGAGAGAGAGAUUCAAUUGAGGAACCUCCCAGAGGACCAGUUAAAAGCUAGAAUGAGUCUGUCCAUAACUUCUCCAGUUGCCUUUGAGAUUCUUCCCCUGAAGUUGCAUCCAUUUUCCCAGAGCACCCCAACAGGCUUAGACUGCGUGGGCUGGAGACAGCGUAUCUCAUUUCCUGUGAUCACUGAUGGGGCGCUGGAUAAGACAGCUCUUGCAGAUGACGUGGGAAGCGAGGAGGAUCUGUAUGAGGACUUUCGGAGUUCCAAUCACCGCUAUGGCCAUCCUGGAGGAGGAGGAGAACAACUUGCCAUCAAUGAGCUCAUCAGCGAUGGCAGCGUGGUGUACGCAGAAGCCCUCUGGGAUCAUGUCACCAUGGAUGACCAAGAGCUGGGAUUCAAGGCUGGUGAUGUCAUCGAAGUGAUGGAUGCUACCAACAAGGAGUGGUGGUGGGGGAGGAUCCUGGACAGCGAAGGCUGGUUUCCAGCCAGCUUUGUACGGCUCCGAGUGAACCAAGAUGAACCCAUGGAAGACUAUCCUAUGAAGGCAGAGGAUGGCAAAGAGGAAGAUGCCAGCACCGCCGCCCGGCGUUAUGGAGUGGGGCAGACAAGCAAGGACCAAAUGAGGACCAAUGUUAUCAACGAGAUCAUAAGCACAGAGAGAGACUACAUCAAACACCUGAAGGACAUCUGUGAGGGUUACAUUAAGCAGUGCCGCAAGAGGGCUGACAUGUUUACAGAAGAACAGCUGAAGACAAUCUUUGGGAACAUCGAAGACAUUUACAAAUGCCAGAAAAAAUUUGUAAAAGCGCUGGAGAAGAAAUUCAACAAAGACCAUCCACACUUGAGUGAGGUCGGCUCCUGCUUCCUGGAAUAUCAAACAGAGUUCCAGAUUUACUCCGAGUACUGCAACAACCACCCCAACGCCUGCGUGGAGCUGUCCCGACUCACCAAAGUCAACAAGUAUGUCUACUUCUUUGAAGCGUGCCGCCUGCUUCAGAAGAUGAUCGACAUCUCUCUGGAUGGGUUUCUGCUGACUCCAGUGCAGAAAAUCUGCAAGUAUCCACUGCAGUUGGCUGAACUACUCAAAUAUACCAACCCCCAGCACAGGGAUUUUAAAGAUGUUGAAGCUGCCUUAAAUGCCAUGAAGAACGUUGCUCGACUGAUCAAUGAGAGAAAGAGGAGGCUGGAGAACAUAGACAAAAUUGCCCAGUGGCAGAGUUCCAUAGAGGACUGGGAGGGUGAAGACGUCCUAGUCAGAAGCUCAGAACUCAUCUAUUCUGGGGAAUUAACCAAAAUCUCCCAGCCUCAAGCGAAGAGCCAACAGAGAAUGUUCUUCCUCUUUGAUCACCAGCUGGUCUGCUGUAAGAAGGAUCUCCUGCGCCGGGACAUCCUCUAUUAUAAGAGUCGGAUCAACAUGGAUGACAUGGAAAUAGUGGACGUGGAGGAUGGGAAGGAUAAAGACUUCAAUAUCAGUGUUAAAAAUGCAUUCAAGCUGCUCUGCAGGGACCCUGAGGAAGUCCACUUAUUCUGUGCAAAAAAGCCUGAACAGAAACAGCGCUGGCUCAAGGCAUUCGAGAAUGAAAGGAAACAGGUUCAGCUUGACCAGGAAACUGGUUUUUCAAUCACAGAGGUGCAGAAGAAGCAGGCGAUGCUGAAUGCCAACAAACAGCACCACACCGGAAAGCCUAAGGCUGUCACCAGGCCCUACUAUGACUUUCUGAUGCGUCAGAAGCACCCUUCUCUGCCUACCAACCUCCCCCAGCAGCAAGUCUUCAUGCUGGCAGAGCCCAAGCGCAAGCCCUCGAACUUCUGGCAGAACAUCAGCAGGCUGACACCCUUUCGGAAGUGAGGGGCAGCUCCCUAUUGUGCCUGAAUCCCUUCUGAGAAAGCACUUUAGCCAUCAGUUCCAGCUGACGGACCCCCGGCUCCUCCAUCCCUCUGUUUGCAAAGGAUGGCGCAUGCUCCUUCCUUCCCUAUUUAUUCUGCAGACUGACUGUACUUGAAUGGGUCCGAAGUGGGACACUGUGUUGCGUGUUUUUGUGCCAGUCAAAGUGAGCCAGCCCUGCACAACACUCGGGAGCCAUACAAACCCCCAGGAAGAGAUCACGACAGGAUGGAGCCUGAACUGUUUUUCAUCUUACCCUUGUUGUCAGCUGCAUCUUGAACCAAUCCUCCCACCUGUGAACAUUAUUGCUGUCUGACAACUGCCAGAGAGACUCCAGCCUUCAGCCAACUUGGCUGCCCAUGCAGAGAUGGCAGUUUGUCCAUUCCAACACCAGCCUGUUUGGUGUCUACUGAGCAUGCUCAGAACCAUGGUUCAUUGUUGCUGAUGUGAUGCACUUUUGGGGGGACUAAACCCUUCCUUUUACUGCCCCAAUCCCCGAGUUCAUCUUCAAAGAAAUGAUCUUACUACAUGUUUAACAGACUGAUUAGCCUUUAUUGGCACUCAGAGAAGGCAACAAUGAUAUCGCUGUGCCCUUUUUCUUUUCCUUAGAUCAACACACUGCCGAACCAUAGUCCAUUGAAUGGUGCCAAUCAAACCCACAGCAUGAGUGAAGUACAUGCAUCUUGCAACCUAGUUGAUUUUCUUUGAGUUAUGUAAAAAAAAAAAAUGAGUUAGGAAAAAAAUGUGCCUAAAAUAAAUACUGUUGUCAGCUCCUUAGACUCUUCCCACUGUCACUCUGCCAUAUUUCCUGGCCAAUGAAAAUGUUAAACGUUUGUAAUGUGUUUAUUUAUGGCAAAUACAGAACUGUGUAUUUUGUAAGUUUGUAAUCAGUCCUGUCAGAUGUUGUUAACUUGAUGCCUGUUCGUCUGUCUUUCUUUUUUUUGUUAACAAAAAACAAAGGCCAACAUCUGCAAACUUAAUUCCCUUAAGUUAAGGUCCUAACUCCACAGUUGAGCACCUUCAUACAAAAUGGAUGGAUUUUUCCAAACCAGAGAACACGUACAACCCCCCCCCCCCCAUAUCGAGGUGUAUUCCAGGUCACCUGCACCAUUGAAAAAAGAAAUCAGGCCAUUUAUAAGGUGCCUAAAUGUGGAAUUAAGAGCUUAGCGGUAGGCACGCAGGUUUGUAAAUUGUGGCCAAAAAGAAUUCAUUUAAUCCUUGGUUAGUAAAAGGAAAGAUUUGCCUUACAAUAGUGAAAGAGUUAGAAGCCAUAAGGACUGAAUUCCAUAGCUUAGGAGAAGUUGCAGGCGGUUGGAAGGAAAACACCCAUUCAUUCCAGCGUGUUGCUAUUGUGAGUAAGCACUAACUGUCUGCAAAGCUCAGAGUUCCAAUGUUUGCUGAUACUGUAGCUGACUGAAGUCUGGUUAUCCAGGGAUAUCUGAAUUCAGUAGCAUGUACAAAGUCAUUCUUGCACUAUAUCUUUCCCCUCGCCAGGGGCUACAUUUAAUUUCAUAAAGAAACUUGUAAAAGUGACUUACAGCCAGUGUUUGUGUCUUACGCGUACAUGUCUGUCGGUGUGGUCCUCGUUCGGCCUCCUCACAAUCCUAGCUGCUUGUUUUCCUUGCUACAUAGGUGGCCAUGUGUCACUAGAGGCCACUCUGGAAGUGGCAUCUUUCAAAGUCCUCCUGGGGAUGGCAUAUCUGUCGAGAGAUACAGAGGAACCUGGAAAUAUGCUAGUCAGUUGGAAUUGAGUGCUCAAGGCUGCCAGUGGAAUUAAAGGCCAUCUUCCAAAUUCCUGUCCUAUCCCUUGACAGGUUACAGCACUGAAUUUCCUGACAUCAGCCGGGCACUUCAAAGCAAGUGCAUCGUUCGUGAUGGACCAUUUCCCAUCGAUACAUUGUAUUUAAAUAAGCUGCAGUGGAUGCCUGAGCCCUGGAUUUCUGUUUUGCCUCUCACUCCUGUGAGGAGUGAGAUGGGAAUGCCGUUCCAAGAUGUAAAAAAUUGCCUGAGAGAACUUAUAUGUAGCCAUGCAGCAGCUGUAUAGCCCAGUACAGAGACUGUCAUGGGGUGUGGCCUUUCCGUGAACUUGCUGCAAAGGUCACCACCCUUUGUAACUGCAGACACACGCCCAAUUUCCUCAGGCCCAGGAGACCCCUAUUUUGCAAUCCUCUCUGCAAAUGUUGAACUUUUCAGCUGAAGGACAAAUCUCUGCACAAGGUAAUUUUUUCAAGUCACAGGGAAAGUGUAAGGUUUAAAUUCCAUGACGGAGCCAAAUUUCAAAAGGGUCCUCAAAACUGGUCUUCUGAUUGUCUGGGCAACACUGCACCAAUUGCAGGAGCAUAGUCUGUCACUUCUGCAAAUGCAUCUUCGACUACGGGUAAACAGGUCCCUUCGAAAACUUUACUAUAUUCAGAAUAACAUCCCCUGAAGACUAUUGGUGUGAACAAACAUUCCUUUUAAUACUUGUCUGCAGUGUUGCCGUAACCGUGUUGGACCCAGGCUGUGAGAUACACAAGGUAGGUGAGAUAAUAGCUUUUAUUGGACCUAACUUGAUUAUGACACUUUGGUUACCUUCUCCAGACCUGAGGAAGAACUCUGUGAAGCUCAAAAACGUGUCUCUUCCACCAAAAGAAGUUGGUACAAUGAGAUGUUACACCUCACCCACCUCGUCUCAUUUCUUUUAAUAAUCAGCUAGCCUAAGCUUACAGCAGGAAAUAUUUCAUUUAAUAAUGCUUUGGCCUUUUGCUUCUCUUGGUUGCAAUACCUGAUGAUAGUCUUCCUGCUGGUUUCCUCUUGCCCAUCCAACUCUGUACUCCGACUCGCUAUGGGAAUCAGAACUAAGGUAGCUACAGCCACGUCCUAACACCAGGGCUGACUGGUUGGAGCACGCAUGGUUUCACUGGCCACGAGUGGACAUGGAUUUUUUCCUCAGCCAGCCACUCUGCUAGAACCCAGGCAUAGACUUGGCCCCUUAACAAAGACUUGCUAAGAAGAAAUGUCUGUGCCAGCAGUUAGAGACCUACGAAUGGAUCUACCACUGGCCCGACUUUGUUCAGAGUAGGUCUAGAUGGCAUACUGAUGAAAACACCUGCAGCAGCUGCUGCUGUUGAAUGCUCAAGGCUAGUAUGGUUUUUACUGAGCCUGUCUCUACAUAAGCCAAAAUCUGAAGCGUUAUUCACUACUACUAACUUGCCCUAGGGACACCUAAUGUGAUCCUGCCGUGGGCUUUUAAGUACAUAGUAGACUGUAAACAUGCAUGCCAAGGCCCUGUCUACGUUACGCCCUGUCUACAUUUUCUAAUCAUGCCCCACUGUUGGUUACAAAGGUGCCCCUGAGUUAGCAACCUAGGAAGCGCUCAUGUAGCUGGGCUGCUGCACAGUUUUUUUUUUUAAAAGCGUGUCCUGAGUAGGUCUAACGACCAUGGUACUAAACACCAACAGCAGCCUAACACCAAUCAGACCUGUUCAGCGCUGGCUUACCUGAGAUUGUGUUAAAACCUGCAGCCAUCACACUAGGGCCCCUAACGUUGCUAACACUGGUGGAGCUGAAGAAGCAUUAGCAAUGGUAUUUUCAGUGAAUGCUCCCACAGGGCCUCAGGAUCUAUGACUGGCAUGAUUACAAACCUUGUUAAGAAGUUGGGCUAGGUUGUAUCUGCUCUAAACCCUCCAUCAUUGCUACCACUGCUAGAGGUGAAUUAUGUAGACCCCCCCCCAGACUACUACAGCCACUUUCGAAAU